UCCCGUUAUAAUGAAAAUCACUUGUUGUCUACACGGGCAGUGCGCCGACCGCACGCCCUUCUAUAACCGCGAAUGUUUGAUUUUUAUAUUCGGACAAAAAUUUUGCAAACGAAUAGUGCAACGAACUUUUACUGUUAAAAUUAUUAGUGUAAAUAAAAUAUUAAAUAUGUGUUUAAGAAGUUCUUUAUUUUAUAUUAUCUUUGUGGCGGUAACCAUAGCUACCGUAGUUGGAGAGUGCGGGCCACGGUUGAAAUACACCUGGGGGGACGCUCUACAAGGCACAGAUUGUCCAGGACCAGAUGGUGCACCUUAUCCUAGGCAUUUAGUAAAUCGUGCACUAAAAUCGGGACCAUGGGGUCAAUCAUCGCGACAAGGGCGAGUUGCAAGGACUUUAGAUCCGGCGCUCAUGAGGAGAGCGCUGCUGGAAGCCCAUGGAGGUUACUCGGAGGGCGCUAUGAAACCACCUAAUAAUAGAACAGCACGUGCAACAAACCUCCCCGGUGUCCCCGCGAACCCGUCGUGUGGGGGGACCAGACUAUGCAGGACUCGAUACAACACCACCGCGCCAAUGUACGGAGUGUCUCUCACUUCUGGCCAACCUGUCACAAUCGUUCAGAAGUUUCCAGAUCUAUUGCAGCAGGUCGUUUUCGAGGUUUGCGAAUCGAGCGAGUGUUCAGUUGUCCGCGGUUCCUGCACUCAAACCUACGUGCCCUAUUUAUUUUUAGUCCUACCUUUAGGACCUGUGACCCUAACAGGUCAAGAUUAUGUGUUGGUGGAAUCCGGUUGUGUUUGUAGGCCGGACCCCGUCGUCUAGACUACCUUAGACUUUAGGCCAUGUAAAAAUUUAGGCCCUUUUUCAGGUUUUGACUGUCU